UCACAUCAGUUAGCUUGCUCGGGCCGGCGCCCGGAGAUGAUGUCGACGAUGACGACGAUGGAAUCAGAAUGGCGCCUUGCUGCUCACAUCUUGCUCUUUUCUGCCGCCAUCGGCGGCAUCACGUACCUCCUCCACCGCGCCCUACGUAGUUUCCACCUACGACAAGAGAACGGGAGCCCGCCGCCGGGAGGCAUCGGCAGCUGGUGCCGCGGCUUCGUCGGGGCGGAGACGCUCUCCUUCCUCGCCGCCGACCCGCCCCACUUCGCCAAGCGCUACGUCCGCACCGUCGCCGACCUCCUCGGCGAGCACAGCCUCCUCUGCACCUCCCACGAUACCCACCGACGCAUGCGCCGCGCCGUCGCGGGCCUCUUCGCCUCGGCGUCCACCGCCGCCUUCGCCGAAACCUUCGACCGUCUGACCACCGGCCAGCUGCUUGCCACCCAUUUUCAGGACCGGGUCGUCGUGCUGGACGUCGCUCUGGACGUAACUUUCAGAGCCAUCUGCGAGAUGCUCAUCGGGCCGCAGGAUGACUCGCAGAAGCUGGAGCGGCUGCUGAGCGACGUCAUGGACGUAACGCAGGCCAUGCUCGCGGUGCCGCUCAGGCUGCCUGGAACAAGGUUCUACAAAGGCAUACAGGCAAGGAAAAGGAUCAUGGAUGUCCUGAGGCAAGAAAUAUCCAUGAGGAGACAGAGUAGCCUGAAACUAGAUCGUCGCGAUGACUUCCUGCAGACCCUUCUCCUCAAGAGCCAUACGGAUGCGCCUGAAGAAGCGCUCACGGAUGAACAGAUUUUGGACAACAUUUUGACACUCAUAAUUGCAGGGCAAGUGACAACAGCAACGGCAAUCACAUGGAUGAUCAAAUAUCUGGGUGACAACACAGACCUCCAAGAGAAAUUAAGAUCGGUUCAGCUUGAUCUGGCAUCCAAGCAUCAUGGUUCACCUCUUACCCUCCAGCAUCUGAAUACCAUGGACUACGCAUACAAGACGGUCAAAGAAUCCCUAAGGAUGGCGACCAUAGUUUCUUGGUUUCCGAGAGUAGCGCUCAAGGACUGUCAGGUUGCAGGAUUCCACAUUAAGAAGGAUUGGAUCGUAAACGUCGAUGCAAGGUCCAUACACUAUGAUCCGACCAUCUACCAUAAUCCAACGAUGUUUGACCCUUCCAGGUUCAAUGAUGAUAUGAAGCCAUACAGCUUCUUGGUAUUCGGAGCGGGCGGUAGAACAUGUCUGGGAAUGAACCUUGCCAAGAUUAUGAUGCUAAUAUUUCUUCAUCGCCUCGUGACCAAUUUCAGAUGGGAGAUGGCCGACCAUGACACAAGCCUGGAGAGAUGGGCAAUGUUUCCAAGGCUUAAGAACGGCUGCCCAAUUUGUCUCACACCAAUACACAAGAAGAUGUACUGAUGUACUACUAGUAAAUAUAUCAAGAUAUGCACCACUUUAUGAAGUUGUGAACAAUGUCUAUGAGC